CCCGGGACACGCCGUUCUGACAGUUUACGCUUACUUUUUGUCUCCCCUGGCAAAACAGGAAAAUGUCGGAGACUGCUCCAGUGGCUCCCACUGCUCCCGCACCUGCAGAGAAAACACCUGUUAAGAAGAAGGCGAAGAAAACGGGCGCAGCUGCUGGAAAACGCAAAGCGUCCGGGCCCCCGGUGUCCGAGCUCAUCACCAAGGCUGUGGCCGCUUCUAAGGAACGCAGCGGUGUGUCCCUGGCCGCACUCAAGAAGGCGCUGGCGGCAGUUGGCUACGAUGUAGAGAAAAACAACAGCCGUAUCAAGUUGGGUCUCAAGAGCUUGGUGAGCAAGGGCACCCUGGUGCAGACCAAGGGCACCGGCGCUUCGGGUUCCUUUAAACUCAACAAAAAGGCUGCCGCCGGGGAAGCUAAGCCCAAGGCCAAGAAGGCGGGCGCGGCCAAGCCCAAGAAGGCUGCUGGGGCGCCCAAGAAGUCCAAGAAGGCCACAGGCGCGGCCACCCCGAAGAAGAGCGUCAAGAAGACCCCUAAGAAAGCGAAGAAGCCGGCAGCGGCCGCUGGGGCCAAAAAAGUGGGCAAAAGCCCGAAAAAGGUGAAGGCAGCCAAGCCCAAGAAGGCGGCUAAGAGUCCAGCAAAGGCCAAAGCUCCUAAGCCCAAGGCAGCCAAGCCGAAAUCUGGCAAGCCGAAGGUUACGAAGGCGAAGAAGGCGGCGCCAAAGAAAAAAUAAACUUGCAGCGGGAAGUCCCUUUCUGAAAAUCUCAAAGGCUCUUUUCAGAGCCACCCACUAAUUUCAGGUAAAAGAGCUUAACUGAAUGUUUUUGGUAACCACCAUAGUAAGCAACAGGUAGCUAAAGGAUCGCUUACGAUUUUUCUUACCGUUUUUUAAAAAAAUUACCGCCGUCAUGUGAUUGGCCAGCUGAUCACUUACUGCGGCAGGGUGGAAAGAAGAGCGCGCACAAACAUGCGCGCGCACUGCUGGGCUUUCAGAAUUCUAUGAAUAACUCCAUAGUUACAGUCCUCUGAGGAUAAUUUUUGGUGGCUCUGAGAAAAUACUUUGGCUUCUGAUAGAAGUGUAAACUUCACUUGCUCUUAGCCUUGUGGUGACUCUCGGCCUUCUUGGGCAGCAGCACGGCCUGGAUAUUGGGCAAGACUCCGCCCUGCGCGAUGGCCACGCGCCCCAAGAGCUUGUUGAGCUCCUCGUUGUUGCGGAUGGCCAGCUGCAGGUGGCGCGGGAUGAUGCGCGUCUUCUUGUUGUCGCGGGCCGCGUUGCCCGCCAGCUCCAGGAUCUCGGCCGUCAGGUACUCCAACACCGCCGCCAGGUACACCGGCGCGCCGGCCCCGACCCGCUCGGCGUAGUUGCCCUUGCGGAGCAGGCGGUGCACUCGGCCCACAGGGAACUGCAGACCAGCUCGAGAAGAGCGGGUCUUGGCCUUAGCACGAGCUUUACCACCCUGUUUCCCGCGCCCAGACAUAUUAGAAGACAGGCUGUAAUUCUCACAAUCUAGUCUGCGAAAGGGGUUAUUAUAGUCUGGAUGUUUCGUAAAAUUUCCUUUUCCAUUGGUUUUCAGAGGCUAUUGAGUGUUAGCCAAUCAGAAUGUACCCCUGGACCUAUUGGCACGGGCUAUAGAGAGAGAAUAUGUACCGCACCAAUCAGAGAUUGAGAUAUUAAAACUUGUACAUAUAGUGAAACAGUUGACAAGCUUGGAUUUUUUUCCUUGAGAUCAAUGGAGUCCUCUUUGGGGGGCUAUUCACUCUGUGCUUAUUCCACCUAAAUCUGUAUAAUUAUGGCUACUCCCUCGAUGUUAAGCGAUAGUAAAAAGUGUAAAAGUCAUCUCUGGCGGUUGAUGAGUUACUGUAUUUGACAAAUUCCUUGCCCACAAGUUGUUGAGAGGACACAGGGAGCCAUGAUUGACUGUAUAAUAGCUCUUCGGCGAAUAGGCAAGAAAUAGGGAGUGAGGAGGGGAAAAGGAACCUUUGGAAAGGCAGCGUGGUUGGUUAGCGAGCUCCUGAAGAUGGGGUAACCAAGGUGAAAUAAAUGGGCUCUGGAAAGAUGGGUUGACCUGUUCUACCAUUUCCACUUCAUCCCCGGGACUGAGGUUUUGUUUUUUUUGUUUGUUUUAAAUUUCAGGGAAACCCACUUAAUUUUAGGGGCAAAUUUGAGAAAAAUCUGAGUUCUUCACACCUUUGUGGGGCUAUAAACCUAGAUGGGGAAAAAUGAUUUAUUUUCACAAACUCUAAAUGCAGUUUAGUAUUUCCUUCAAUUAUGCGUGUAGACAACUAAUCACGAGGGACUGUGCAGUACCGUUGACGUUUUUCAACAAUGGCAACCACAAAUGUUUCCCUACCACGUUGCAGUUCUUGCAGAGAUCUUGAAAUAGUUUACACUGGUUCUGAAUCGUUGAAACUGACAUGUUAUUCCACUUGCUGCUCUUUGUUGAUGUUACUAAUGAAACAUUGUGUUCCAUUACUUGUGUUACUAAUGAAAGACAUAUAAUACAUACUUAAAAGAAAUA